AUGCUGAAAUCUAUCUUGAUACUUCUCUUGGGCACAGCCCACGUGGCCAGCGCGGCCGAUGCGCAAGUUGUCUUCGCUCCUGGGUCGGAUAAGACGCCGAGCAAGCUCCAGCACGCUGUUGACGAUGCAAUCCUUGCCGCCCUGGAAGCGCAUUCGGACCCAGUCGAGGCGCUCAUCUCUCUGGAUUCUGAAAAUGAAUCACUCCUUGCUGAACCACGCCUCUUGCGCGUCCUGGGCGAUGACUCUGAGCCGCAAUGGAUGACUGAAGGAGACAAGCUGCGCCUCCGUAGACAAGGCAAGAAAUUUAUAGACAUUACGGAACAUGAAGAAUUCUAUGCAGAGCAGGUACAUACGUUGACUGCUGGCAAGCCCCACCUCCCUGAACUGGUCCAUGAAAGCUUGAUCCGACCUCUGUUCUCAAAGGUUAACCAACCGCGUAUGAGCGAUGUUCUUCACCAUAUGACCGGUUACUAUAACCGAUACUAUGGGGAUAUCCAUGGUGAAUUGAGCUCUGAGUGGCUCCACGAGCACAUUGCUGAGAUCAUCGCCAAAUCUCCAUUCCGCACCCAUAUUUCGCUUGAAUAUUUCACCCACUCUUUCCCUCAGUCAUCGAUUAUUGCUCGUUUCGAGCCAAAGGUCCGCAAUGCUUCUGCGCCAUUGACCAUCCUUGGUGCGCAUCAGGACUCGGCCAACUAUCUUUUCCCUCUCCUGCCAGCCCCUGGAGCGGAUGACGACUGCUCAGGUACGGUGAGUAUCUUGGAGGCAUUCCGUAUUCUGGCCGAGAGUGGCUACACGCCUAUGAAUGGCCCGGUCGAGUUCCACUGGUAUGCAGCCGAAGAGGGUGGUUUGCUGGGCAGCCAACAUCUUGCCCGGUACAAGAAAGAGCAAGGCACAGUGAUCGGAGCGAUGAUGGAAUUCGACAUGACGGCAUUCAUUGCCCGGAAUGCGACCGAGACUAUCGGAUUUAUUUCGACUCAGGCCGACGCGGCUCUUACCAACUGGACUGUGGGCCUGAGUGAGAAAUACAUCUCAAUUCCCGCGGAGAUAUAUGAUCUUGGGCCGUCCGCUGGCUCUGAUUACAUGUCGUAUACGCAACUCAACUACCCCGCCGCUUUCGCCUCGGAGGGUAACCCCUUAGCCGGGGGUUAUUUCCCUGGCGAGUAUGAUCCCUAUGUCCAUUCGUCUCGUGACACCAUGUGGGUGAAUGAUGAGGCUGGCUAUUUCUCUAUCGAUCACAUGGCGCGAUUCACCGAACUAGCGAUUGCUUUCGUGGUGGAACAGGCUGGUUGGAACAAUGCAUGGCGGUAA